AUGGAUUCGCCGUCGUCGACGACGCGGAUCAGCGCGCGAUCGUCGAUGAUCGAUUCGUUCAAGAGCUGCACCCUAUCGGGGAUGACGAUUGAUAAGGAGGAGCUAAAGAAGAAGCUCUUGAUGCCGCAGUACCUCCGGUUCGCCAUGCGCGAUUCCAUACGGUUAAAGGACCCAAGCGCCGGAGAGAGCCGCCUUCCGGGAAGCCGAGACCUCGUCGCCACCGCCACCGCUGAAAAUGACGACCAGACGCCGCCGGAGUCACCCAUGGUUGUGUUUAUAAAUCCGCGGAGCGGCGGCAGGCAUGGGCCUAUGCUCAAGGAGAGGCUCCAAAUGUUGAUGGGUGAAGAACAGGUUUUUGACCUCUCAGAUGUGAAGCCUCAUGAAUUCGUUCAGUAUGGAUUGGGUUGUCUAGAGUUAUUGGCUGAUGUUGGUGACAUUUGUGCGAAAGAGUGUCGUCAAAAGAUCAGGGUUCUGGUUGCGGGGGGUGAUGGUACAGUCGGUUGGGUGUUAGGUUGCCUAUCUGAACUAAACAGGCAGGGUCGGGAACCAGUUCCUCCAGUAGGAAUUAUUCCACUUGGCACAGGAAAUGAUCUGUCUAGGAGUUUUGGUUGGGGUGGUUCAUUCCCUUUUGCCUGGAAAUCAGCCAUUAAAAAAACUCUAUUCAGGGCUACUGCAGGUCCAAUAUGCCGUUUGGAUAGUUGGCAUAUUGUGUUGUCAAUGCCAGCUGGUACAGUUAUGGAUCCACCUCAUUCUCUGAAGUCUACCGAAGAGUGCACUCUUGAUGAGGUGUCAAAUACUGUGCAAUUAAUAUUCUGGUUUGUGUCUUACUCUUCUGGGGUUUGGAAAUUCAAGGGGAUUUGCCUGGCAAUUUGUCAUGAAGGAGUAUUUUACAAUUACUUUAGUAUAGGAAUGGAUGCACAAGUUGCUUAUGGAUUCCACCAUUUACGAAACGAAAAACCCUAUCUUGCACAAGGUCCAAUUUCAAAUAAGUUGGUUUACUCUGGUUAUAGUUGCACUCAAGGUUGGUUCUUCACACCUUGCACAAGUGAUCCAGGUUUAAGGGGGCUAACGAACAUCCUAAGGAUGCAUGUCAAAAAGGUUAAUUGUUCAGAAUGGGAGCAGAUUCCGGUGCCAUCAAGCGUAAGGGCUAUUGUUGUUCUAAAUCUUCAUAGCUACGGGAGUGGAAGAAAUCCAUGGGGUAAUCUGAAACCAGAGUACUUGGAAAAGAGAGGCUUUGUGGAGGCCCAUGCUGAUGAUGGUCUUUUAGAAAUUUUUGGCCUUAAACAAGGAUGGCAUGCUUCUUUUGUUAUGGUUGAACUCAUCUCUGCCAAACAUAUUGCUCAGGCUGCUGCAAUUCGGUUGGAAGUUAGAGGUGGGGAGUGGAGAAAUGCAUAUAUGCAGAUGGAUGGGGAACCAUGGAAGCAGCCAAUGCACGAGGAGUUUUCCACGCUAGUGGAAAUUAAGAGGGUUCCGUUUCAGUCAUUGAUGAUCCAUGGAGACAAUCACUGA